CCUCUCCCAUCCGAUAAUUUCCCUAACGGCUUCCGCCAUCUAAAUUCAAAGCAAAACAAUUCACUGUUACUUCUUUAAACACUCCUCCUCCUCCUCCUCCUCCUCCUCCAUUGUUAAAUAAUAAUAAUCAUCCCGACAGAACCAACCAACAUACCAAUUCCUCCGUCAAAUCCAAUAGGUCUUCUUUACCUGUUAAUAUACGAUCCGCUUACUUACGCAUACGUAUAAACAUACGGUAUCUCUCUCACCCUGGACAUGGAGAGCAGUAUACCGUUAUCGACAAAACCAGAGCGGCGAUGGAGAUCGAAGCCGUUACAGACCUCUAAACCUUCUCUUUUCCUAGCUUUCUUCUCUUGCUUCGCUUGGCUCUACGUUGCUGGCCGGUUAUGGCAAGACGCAGAGAACAGAACAUUACUUUCUAAUCUUCUACAGAGAAAUGUAGCUCAGGUACCGAAGUUGCUUACAGUCGAAGAUAAGCUAGUUGUGCUAGGAUGCAAGGAUUUGGAGAGGAGGAUAGUGGAGGCAGAAAUGGAAUUGACGUUGGCUAAGAGUCAAGGGUACAUUAAAAGUCGGCUGUCACAAAAUGAGUCUUCGUCGGGUAAAAAGUUUCUUGCAGUCAUUGGUGUAUAUACUGGAUUUGGUAGUCACUUGAAGCGGAAGGUGUUUAGAGGGUCUUGGAUGCCAAGAGGUGAUGCCUUAAAAAAACUUGAGGAAAGAGGAGUAGUGAUCCGUUUUGUGAUUGGUCGCAGUGCUAAUCGAGGGGAUAGCUUAGAUCGAAAUAUCAAUGGUGAAAAUCGUUCAACAAAGGAUUUCCUGAUUCUUGAAGGUCAUGAGGAGGCUCAAGAAGAAUUGCCCAAGAAAGUGAAGUCCUUCUUUAGCACUGCUGUGCAAACAUGGGAUGCGGAAUUUUAUGUAAAAGCUGAUAACAAUAUUAACCUUGAUCUUGAGGGAUUAAUUGAACUUCUUGAACAUCGUCGCACUCAAGCUAGUGCUUACAUUGGCUGUAUGAAAUCUGGAGAAGUUGUAACUGAAGAGGGAAGCCCGUGGUAUGAACCUGAAUGGUGGAAAUUUGGAGAUGAAAAAUCGUACUUCCGACAUGCGGCUGGUUCACUUCUUAUACUCUCCAAAAAAUUGGCUCGGUAUAUUGACAUAAACAGCGCAUCUCUAAAGACUUAUGCUCAUGACGAUACAUCAGUGGGAUCCUGGAUGAUGGGUCUCCAAGCAACCUAUAUAGAUGACAAUCGUCUUUGCUGCAGUAGCAUUAAACAAGACAAGGUUUGUUCCCAGGCUUGAUUAGGCUUCCAUACAGGUAAAACUUGCUUUUACAGUUGUUUAUCGGCACAUUCAGCGACACAUGCUGCUAUGUUUCACACUUCAUGCUGAGCUCCCAUGUUCACCAAGACCUACGCAGCAUUCACCGGAUAAUUCUUUUUAGGUGCAGAGAUCAGCCACAUUCUUUUAGGACUAGCACAAACAAAGCGCAUAUCAGCGCCGCAGUUUGUGAACGCAUCAUUUUUUUCUACUUAUAGAUGAUUGUGCUGUAUUCCAUCCCCUCCAAGAGAUUCCCUCGUAGCUAACGAGCAAAUGGUUUCGUUGAACAGCGACUCUGAACUAAAGUAAAAUUGAGCAUCUUUUUUGUA